AUGGAUGCGCUCAACCAGGCUGACCAAAGCGCAGGCCCCGAACGGAAUGGAAGUGCACCGGUUGUGUUGCCUCAAGGCGACUCGCCCGAAGCUGUCAUCGUCCGUGAAGCGACUGCAUUCUGUGAAUCCGGCGCACCCAAUUCUGGAGCCGCCGGCGAUGAAUACCUCCAUCUCCCAGCCAUUGUUGACGCAGCCGAGUCGAGUCCUACUGCGGCCAAGGAAGCCGCCGCGACCCUCCGUCGUUACCUAUCCAAAGACCACUUUCAGAGGGGAUUUGCCCAAUACAAUGCAGUCAUGCUACUGCGCAUCCUCACCGACAACCCUGGCCAGGGCUUUACACAGAACUUCGACUCCAAGUUUGUGUCGACGGUAAAAGAACUGCUUCGCGAUGGGAAGGAUGCCAGCGUCCAGCAAAUACUGAGGGAGACGCUAGAUUACUUUGAGGUGGAAAAGGCGCCGGGCAAUGACACUCUCGGCCCGCUCGUCGAAAUGUGGCGCAAGGAGAAGGGAAAGCGAAGCACUCUUCGUCAGUCGGUAGGUUGGGGAUCUUGGGAAGCCGUUGGUUCGGGUCAUGAUACUGAACACCAACAGCAACACCGAGUUCCUCCUGCGUUCGCGGGUCAAUAUCAACGGCCUAGUCGGAAAGUCGAUGUGCUCCCACCUCCCGAAGAACUGGUCUCGCGCAUAGAAGAAGCAAAGACCACAGCUCGACUUCUCGUUCAGACGGUCCAGUCUACACCUCAGUCGGAGCUGUUGGCCAAUGACCUGGUGCAAGAGUUCGCCGGCAGAGCUCAAUCUGCGCAACGAAGCAUUCAGUCGUACAUGAAUUGCCAGGAUCCGGCUCCGGACCCAGACACCAUGCUCACCUUGAUUGAAACCAACGACCAUUUGAACAUCGCCAUGUCAAAGCAUCAAAGAGCUAUUCUACAGGCAAGAAAGGCCAACGGCACCGGCACGCCCAGUCCGGGGCCCCAGACAGAAUCCAUACCCAAUCCGUUGUCUAUGCCAUCACAUAAUCUGGGUCAAAAUGUCUAUGGCUCCGGUGCUCAGCCCAGUCAAGGGUCGUAUUCCGCGUCACCCCCCCGGCGACAGAAUACGAUCCCGGCCCCUGUCAGUCCACCUCAGCCAGGAGAACAGUUUGCUCCUCCACCGGGCCCUCCUCCCUCGGCUCGAGGAGCAGUCAGAGAUCAGGAUCACUCGUAUACAUACUCAACGUCGGACGCAGCUCCUCCAAUCCCAAGACGUGUUCGCCCACAGUCACAGUCUUUCGGUUCUUCAUCUGCUGCGUAUGGAGUUGCGGAGAACCCAUUUGCCGACGAUGCGUAUGGCCCGGGAUCGCCGCAACGGCAUGAGUCGAACGCGUUAUCUCAACCGCAAAAGGACUCGGGAUUUCAAUAUGCCAGCGAACUCAGCGGCGAGCAGGAUAGGUACGACCCUUACGAUUCGAGACAGCCAUAUGUGCACAUCCAUGGUACGCCGGCUGUACAUGGGCUCGUGCCUGAGACAACCUCUCAACCGAGUCACAGUGGGCAGAACGAGACGAGUAAUGGAUAUGGGAGUAGCCCGGUGAGUCCGGCAGAUGAUGCUGGACGUAGGAUGAAUGAUUUGCAUCUCUGA